AAUAAUGAAAGAAUAGCUUUAAACAAAUUAAACAUAUGGUACUUAUUAAUCAUUAAAUUAAGAUGAAAAUGCUACAGAAUCUGUAUUAGUAAAGUAUAUUUGAGUAAUUAGGAACGAGACGUUUAAUAAAAUCAAAUCAAAUAUUCGAUAGCUAUGUUUCUAUGUGGUUUAAUCAAUAAUACAGGAUAUGUGUUAGUUGCUACCUCAGCAUAAUCUAUUGCUAAACAUUUUAAUAAGGAAUCCUUUAUGAGUGCAUUUAAUUUGUAAAUGUUUAAUUCCAUAAUAGUUCUUUAAUCUUCUUAUCUAUUGGAAUGGUCUUUAUGAAUGCAAAACUAUUUAUUAAAAUAUAACAUAAGAAAAGAAUUUAUGUUGCAAUAUCAUUAUCUGCAGUGAGUUUUAUUAUUAUAGCAGUAUGGUAAAAUAUAUAGAUAAUUAUUUAUAUAGCACUAUUAUUGAAUAAGAUUAUGCAUUCUACAUUUCCCUUUUAGGUGCUACUUUGUGUGGUUGUAUGUAAUCUUUUGGAGAAGCUACAAUGCUUGGUUAUUGUAAAUCAUUUAGCUCUUCUUUAAUUGGAUUUUGGAGUUCAGGAACAGGAUUUGCAGGAAUAUUUGGAUCUGGAUUUUUCUUAGUACUUAGAGCUCUAAAAUUUACUGAUUUUUGGGUAUUAUAUAAUAUUAUAUUAGAUAUUUAUGACAGCUAUUCCAUUUUUAUUAAUAUAUCUAUACAAUUUUUCAUGGUUAGAUAAUAAAAGAAAAAGUUUAUCAAAAGUUUAAUUAGUGGAAGAAGAAGAAGAUGAAAGCACAAAUAAUUUAUAAAUGAGUUUUGAAAAUAUGAGAUAUGUUCUUAAUUUAGCUUGGUCAUAUUCCUUAAAUUUAGGAGCUGUAUAUUUUUUUGAAUAUUUUGUAUUAACUUGUUGGGCAGAUCGUGCUAAUCCAGCUUAAACUGAUGGAAAUUAUUUUUAAAAUAAUGCAUAUGCUAUAUUGGCAUUCUGUUAUUAAAUUGGUGUAUUCAUAUCAAGAUCAUCACUUAAAAUUAUAUAAAUUAAAAAUGUUACUUUAUUAACAAUCAUUUAAGGAAUAAAUUGUGGAAUUUGGGCAGCAAUAGCUAUAGCUUACUAUUAUUCAAAUUAUCAAUUAAAUAUUGCUAUACAAAUAUGUUUGAUGUUAUGGGUUGGAUUAAUGGGAGGUGCAAGUUAUGUGAAUGUAAAUUAUCUUAUUGUAUCUGGAACAUUCUUACCUUAAAAUUGUAAAGAAUUGUGUAUGUGCAUAAAUUCUAUGACAAAUAAUACUGGAAUUAUGUUUGCAACAUUAUUUGCUAUGGCAAUUAGUAAUUUUUGGCUUAAAUGA